CUUGCCUGCCUGUCUCUUGACAGCUCGGUACUCGACGUCAGAGUACUAUUAUACAUGUAGUGAUACAUGGCGACGUGUCAUUGUCCAUUUAACUGUAUGACAAUCAGGGUAAACGGAAAGGAAGCUUCUCUUUUAAACCAACAUAAUAUCAAGACCUAUAUUUCUUCCUUUUCAGGUUUUCUAAACCUAAAUUGAACACGGCGAAGUAGCAACUUGUUAGCUGGCUAGCAACAGCCUCCCAGCACUGUGAUGGCUAACUUAAGCUAGCCACAAUGUCUGGCUGGGCGAUUCAGUUUUGCUAACGUCAACAUUAAUUGUUUAUCCCGACUCAGCUGUAGCUAGCUGCCUCUAUUGUUUACAUGGAUACGACCAGCUGAGGUCCUCUGUGGGCAUGUGGUCAUUGUGGUGGUCCUAACAAUACUGAAUCAAUUACAGUGCAAAUAUGGAAAUGGAGCCGUGAGGUAGCUGACCUCUGUCGAUAACCCACUGUCUACUAAAAUGAGGAUGGUCGUGGCUCUAAAGGGGGACAAUUGUGCCUGCUGGGCUGUUUGACUUUGUGUGGGAGGUGGACAAAGGUACAGGGGUUUGUUUGUCCAUAUUAAAGCUUGACCUGAGGCAAGACCACAUGGCGAAAAUGGGGAAUAAACCGUGCUGGUGGCUGAUCCAUUCUUCUAGAUCUAGAAUGUUGACAACGAUACUACUGAUCACCUGUCUUCUUACCUGGGCGAAAUGUCAAGAGAACCAGAGCAUGACACAAGAGGAGAAACUUGUUAUCAGGGACCAAAUCAUUGAAAUGUUCGAUCAUGCUUAUGGCAGUUACAUGAAAUAUGCCUACCCAGCAGACGAGCUGAUGCCUCUAAGCUGCAAGGGGAGAGUCCGUGGCCAGGAGCCUAACAGAGGGGACAUAGAUGACUCCCUUGGGAAGUUUUCUCUCACACUGAUUGAUACUCUUGAUACCCUGGUGGUGCUUAACAAGCUUGAUGACUUUGAGGAUGCAGUGAGGAAGACUGUGAGGGAUGUACGCCUGGACAACGAUGUGGUGGUGUCUGUGUUUGAGACCAACAUCAGAGUUUUAGGAGGGCUCCUGGGCGCUCAUGUGAUGGCGGACCUGCUGCGGCAGCGUGGGGAGAGGAUGCAAUGGUAUCAGGAUGAGCUUCUACACAUGGCCAAAGAACUGGGCCAUCGAUUACUGCCUGCCUUUAACACCACAAGUGGCCUUCCUUACCCUAAGGUGAAUCUGCGGUAUGGAGUCCUGAAUCCUCUUUCACGCACAGGCACUGAGUCGGACACCUGCACAGCAUGUGCUGGAACAAUGAUCCUGGAGUUCGCUGCCCUCAGCAGACUGUCAGGAGAGUCUGUGUUUGAGGAAAAUGCAAGGAAGGCUCUGGACGUCCUGUGGGACAGGAGGCAGAGAGGAAGCGACUUGGUGGGGACUGUGAUAAACAUCCAUAAUGAAGAAUGGGUCCGAAGGGACAGUGGAGUUGGUGCCGGGAUUGACUCAUACUAUGAAUAUCUGAUGAAGGCCUACAUUCUUCUAGGAGACAAUGUUUUUCUAGAAAGGUUCAACAUUCACUAUAGUGCCAUUAUGAAGUACAUCAGUCAGCCUCCCCUGCUACUCAAUGUGCACAUGCACAACCCCACUGUAAGCGUGCGCAGCUGGAUGGACUCUCUCCUGGCGUUCUUCCCUGGGUUACAGGUUUUGAGAGGAGAUCUGAAGCCAGCUAUUGAGACUCAUGAAAUGCUUUACCAAGUCACCAAACAGCACAAGUUUCUUCCAGAGGCUUUCACUACAGAGUUCAGAGUUCACUGGGGCCAACACUUACUGAGACCAGAGUUUGCAGAAAGCACCUACUACCUCUAUAAGGCAACUGGCGACCCGUACUACCUCAGAGUUGGACAGUCCAUUGUGGAGAAGCUCAAUGCCUACGCCAGGGUGCCUUGUGGAUUUGCUGCUGUUCAAGAUGUCCGCACUGGGACACAUGAAGACAGGAUGGACUCGUUCUUUCUGGCUGAGAUGUUUAAAUACCUGUACCUGCUGUUUUCGGAGAAGACUGAGCUGCCAAUCGAUAUUGAUGACUACAUCUUCACCACAGAGGCUCAUCUCCUCCCUGUGUCUUUGUCCACCACCAAGCCGCCCUGUCCAGGCAACGACACGGUGAGAGAUCUCACUUUGUCACUAACACAGGAAACUGAUCCUGUCUCUCAUGAAGAAGAUCUGUUUACACACUCCUGUCCCAGCUUGGAGACAUUGUUUCCCAACAACCCAUCAUUUGCCAAAACCAUCCGGGACAGCUACAAGUACCUCACUGGGGUGGGACGCGCCUUUCACCCCUUACCUGUCAGAGAAAUUGAACUUCCACUCCACGAUAACGGCAUGGAGCCAGUGGAGUUCCUGAAAAGCAUGGGCAUUUCACUCACUCCACUGAAUGAGGUCAUGGCUGGAGAGGGCAGAAGACAGAAGGAUCGUAAAGGAGUGUACCGAGUAAAACUUGUGGCAGAGUUGAGCCAGACACAGGAGGAGGAGGAGGUGUUGCCUCAUGUUGUUCAGCUCAUAUCCCCCCCAUUUCUGGGCAGAACGGUCCUCACAGCUGGACCUGCCAAGUUUGGCUUGGACCUCACCAAGCAGGAGCACGGGGUGAAGGGCAGCAUAGUGAAAGCCUCCCCUUACACUGCAUGUGGACCGAUAGAUAAUGCACAGGAGCUUGAAGGCCAUAUUGCUCUGGCACUGCGUGGUGACUGCAUGUUUGCUGCAAAGGCUCGCCGGCUGCAGGAGGCAGGAGCCAUUGGAGUCAUCUUUAUAGACCACAGAGAGGGGAGUAACAGCGAGGAAACCCCCCUCUUCCAGAUGGUUGGAGAUGGUGACUCCACUGAGGACAUCAACCUGCCUUUGGUGUUUGUGUUUAGCCGAGAGGGUGCCAUGCUCACAGCAGCUUUGGAGGAACAUCAGAAUGUAGACGUGCUCCUGCUGCCAAAAGAGAGGCAGCUGGGACAUGAUAAGACGGAGAAACCCGUCAGCAUGAACAUCAAACUCCGCUUGGCAGAGGAGGGAGAGCUCGAUGAAGGAGCAGCCAGAGGGCCAACCCUGGAGUUUUUCCUGGAGAAAGAACAGUUGCUUCUUAAGGAAGAAGAAGAGGAAGAAUUAGAGCACAGGGAACAGCAGCACAAAGCCUGCACCAAGGCAGACAAGGAUGGCAGAACUGCACCCUGUACAGCAGGUUCAUCACCAACUACAAAAUCUAACUGUGGACCAGACACAAACCCUUGACCACUGCUGAUCCUUUGUCAGUUUCUGAACGGCUUGUGCCUCAGAGCCCCUCACUGCCCUACAUGGAACCCUAACUUACCCAGCCUGCAUGUUAGCAACCGAUAGACAAGAGUAGAUCAGUGUGAUGGCAACACUUUAAUCCUAUCUUGACUGUGAAACCUAAAGAUGUGUCUGUAAUUAGACAGAGAGUUAAAGUGGAAACUACAGUUGGUAGUUAGAGGCUGUAAAGUGUAGGUUAAGAUGGCUGAGCUUGUGCUCAUCCUGUAGUGUUGCUGCUGUAGGCACAAAAGAAAUGCUUGUGGAGAUAAUGACAUGGAUAACUGACUAGUUUGUUUUUUUAAAUGACCUCACCCCAGAGAGAGAAAAAAACCUCAGAUAAGGCAAAAACUUACUCGACUAGGUUUUUAUGCAAUUUAGUUCCUUUCAAUGUUGAAUGCACCUUUUCACUUCAAGGAACUACUGUAAAAUGUUCAAUAAUGCUGAAUGGAAGUCGACUUGACCAGUAGGGGGAGUUAGCUCCCAUAACGUCUCAUAGUAACAUAGCAUGUGAAGAUGAAGGAGAUGAACUGGGGCCAAUUUACAAGGUGAUUUUGUACAAGUAAGCAACUUCAGGGAAUUCAAAGAGUAAAUGCAGUUUGCUGGGUUGAAUAGUUUGAUAAAAUGUGUGUUUGUGUGUGCGUUCUGCAUUUUUUGCUAUGAUGUGUGAAUGUUGAAGAGUGUUUGCUGUGUGUGAGGUAUAAAAUAACUGAAUUACUAAAGAGAGCAUCUAAAAAGAUCAGUGUUCUUAAAUGAAACCUUUCUCUCUUCGUAAAGUGAUCGAUUGGAAUGAAAAGCUCUUCAAGGCUUAAAUCAAUGAAUCCUUUACAAGUACGUUUAGUUUUUCCAAGCUGUUUCAACAUUUUCUGACUUGUAAAUAACUAAGUAAUUAAUCACGUUGAAUUAAAUCAUCUUAAUAGCCUUGUAAAAACGACCAAAGAUGGGUUUUUUUGUGCAUGUUAACAGGGUUAGUUCCAGAUGCAUCAUCACAGAUUGGGCUGCGGUCCCAGACUGUUCUGCACUUUGAAACACGGGUAUGAUUGUCUCCACUCUGGCAGAGUCAAACAUUCAGCCUGUCUUUGCAUUUUUUGUAUGUGCAAUAGGUUCAUUUAAUUGCAGUCCUUAAACAACCACUGAUAAUAUGUAUAGAUGAAACUUUUUGUGCACCUUUUAAUUUACAGAAUCGUGUUUGUUUAAAAACAGGUGAUUUCUUAGCACCUCUGAAUAACAGCAGGAUUUUUGCAUCAUCUCAAUUGUCAUCAACUCAAAUGAACUAUAAAUAAUGGGCAAUGCUUCCAAAAAUAUAACUCAAACAGUUCUACUCCAGGACAUUUUUGGAUCCAUUUUGGAUUUCAGUUUUGUUUCUUCCAUCAAGUCUUAAAUGUACCGUCUGUUCAUUUCUCUCAUUCUUAAUACAUACUUAAAUGUAUUGUUGGCAUUCUCGUGUGUAGGAACAUUAUGCAACAAUUCCUAAACAUGUUAACUCUUUUAUCAGUUUCUCCAUAUCCCUUGUGUCGUUUACGCUAAUAAGUUGUUCCAAGACUUUUUUUUAUUUUUGUGGUACAUAAAUGUGAGCUUGUGAAUGUUUUCAACAAACCUUUUUGUGCCAGUGUUGGGUUUUAUUUUUGUGUUUAUAGUGGACCUUUUUCCUGAAGCUGCUGAGUUAAUAUCAAGUCUUCAUCCAACAUGACGAUGAAUAUUUCGAUUUAGCCCAUAUGAGGCUUUGCCAACAGGUAUACCUCAGGACUGUUCAUGCUACUCUUCAGAGACAAAACAUGGACAAGAAGUAGGGGAGGAUUGUUUUCUUUUUUUUAAUGCUAUUUAUCAUAUUGGCAUAUAUAUAUUAACAUCUAAUUAUUUUUCUUUCUAAUUUUCUGUUGAUCAGGUUAAAAAUUGCCAAAAAAAAACUUGCAUGACAUGGCUCCUGUUUCUGUAACACAUCUUCUCUGUUUUUCAUUUGGGACUGUGAGCUUAGGCAGUCAAUAAAUGUUGAAAUCACAA